AUGCUAGAUUUUCUGCUCCUCGUCCACCUGCUCAUUGCAGCCGCCCAGCUCCUUGUCGGGGUUCUAGCGAACGGCCUCAUCCUGGCGGUGAAUGGCACCAGCCUGAUCAAGCAGCGGAGGAUGGACCCCCUGGCGCUCCUUCUGGCCUGUCUGGCCGUUUCCAGGAUCUGUUUGCAGCCGGUCAUCUUCUUCCUUACCCUGGCCUUCCUGUCCGUGGUUGAGGUGCACUUGUUUCCCAAGAAUUUUGCGGUUAUCAUGGUUGUCAGUGAUUUGGGGGUCUGGCUUGCCACAUGGCUCAGCGUCUUCUACUGCACCAAGAUCGCCACCAUCACGCACCCCCUCUUCCUCUGGCUGAAGGCGAGGAUCUCCCGGUUGGUGCCAUGGCUGGUCCUGGGGUCCCUGCUCUUCGUGUCCAGCAAUGCCGUUUUCCACAGCAAAUACACAUGGGUCAUUUUUGACAGAGUCUUGCUGGACCUUUCCCCCCAAAACUUGACCACUAUUCAAAUCAGAGAAAUCCCUGCUCUGCACAUGACCUUCAUCGUCAUCGGGCUGUCACUGCCCUUCGCCAUCUUCCUGGCCUCCAUGCUGCUCUUGAUGUACUCUCUGGGGAGACACACCUGGCAGAUGAGAAACACGGCGAUGGGCACCCGGGAUUCGAGCUCGCGCCUCCACCUCAGCGUGCUGCUGUCCAUGCUGUGCUUCCUGCUCCUCUACCUCUCCUACUACACGGCCGCCACCUUGUUUUCUUCUCAGAAGUUCCAGUUCAGAACUCUCGCCUUCCACCUCUGCAUGUUGGUGAGCGGUGGCUACCCCUCGGGGCAUUCCGUCAUCUUGAUUCUAGGAAAUCCUAAGCUCAGACGGAGCGCGAAGGUGUUCCUUCUCCGCACGAAGCGCUGUCUCAGAGAGAACCCGGACCCCCUCCAGGGCCGGGUGGUUCAGUGA